AUGACAAAAUAUGGAAGGCUUCACACCGAACUCCUGGAUAAGCAAUUGGAUGACUUUCUCAAUUCCUGCAAUGUUAAGGAAACAGAGGACGUGAAAGUGGAGAGAGCACAGGUUAUUGCUCAACUUUCUAAGAUUGUAAAAAGAUGGAUCAAGGAAGUUGCCCUUGCCCGUGGCAUUAGUGAUGCUGAACCGAAUGCACGCAUAUUUCCCGUUGGUUCCUAUGUUUUCGAUGAAAAGUUUCAUAAAAUUCUGGCAGAGAUGCCUAACCUCUCACAAAUUCAGAAGAUUCCACAUGCAUAUGUAACAAUUAUGAAGUUCAAAUUCAAUGAAGUAGCUAUUGAUAUGGUCUAUGCCAGCGUUGGUCUUCAUACCAUUCCACAGGACAUGGAUGUUUUGAAUAUAAAUUCAUUGAUGAUUGAGAACAUUUUGGAUAAGAAAGCAAUGCUAAGUAUCAAUGGAUACAGAAACACAGAAAAGAUUAAACAAAUAAUGAACCAAAACAUGGAGAACUUUCGUAUUGCAUUACACUCUCUAAAAUUAUGGGCGAGAAAUCGUAAUAUCUAUUCAAAUUGUCGGUUGCUAUGGAAGUUCUUCGCACUUUAUAGUGAUUGGACAUGGCCAAGUCCUGUAAAAAUUUCAAAUGAGAAUGUUUCAAUCACUCCACAUUUUGGUGGAGAGUGGAAGUGGGAUCCAGUACACAACAAUAAAAAUGAUGCAGUGCCCAAAAUUGAUCUUAUGCCAAUGAUAACACCUGCAACUCCUCACCGUUCCAAUGUAGCCAAUAGUGUUUGUGCUUCUAGUCUUGCUAUCAUGAAGCAAGAGUUUAAGAUAGCCAAGGCCACUUGCCAGGGACCCGAAACUGAAAAGUUUUACAAUAUCCAUAGAAUAAGAAUCAAAGACCAUAACCAAUAG